GCAGAGUGAGUUGCACCCUUUUUUAAUUGGUGGAAAUUACCGAAAUCCAGAAUGUUGCAAUGUGACAUUGUGCAUGUGUUAGCCACUGUGGUUUAGGCUGUGAGAAACCUGCUACAAUUCAGUUAUCAUGUGGAUAGCACCUGAUGCACUUCUCACAGAUUUCAAGUCUCGUGUUGGAUGGAGGAUCCCAUACCCUGCACUUUUGGAUGCAUACAUACAUGUACAUGUACAGUGGACCAAAUCAGGAGAAUGAGAGUGAUUCCUACAUGUCGAGUCCUGCCCUUCGUCGAGCAAGGUUUGACAUACUCUACCAAGACUGUGAGAAUGAAAUCAAACGGCUUCAGGAAGAAAAUGGAGCCCUCAAGAACACAAACAGCCAACUUCGUGAACAGCUUGCAGACACAACAAAAUUCCUUGUGUCCCAGUCAGAGCGGGCCACUAGUGCCACGAGUGUGACACCUGCCCCUGUCUCAUCAAACCCAAGGGGUAAUGUGUGUUCGGAUUUGUCUCUGCCGUCCCCCCGAUCCUCUCCAUCCGCCUCCAAGCUGAAAGGCAAAGGGAGAGUGGUGGAGGCGGACCAGCCCUCCUCAUCGCUGGGAACGAAACGAGCUCGGCACAGCAAGCCCACCCCCAGCCAGCAGGAUCGGACCAACGGGUUGGAGUCGUGCGACAGCGGGCCGGACAACGGGGAAGUCCUGGCUGUGCUCAGGUCAAAGCUGAAGCAAGCCACUGCCACCCAUGAGAAAAUAAAGCAGGACAUGGACAAGUUGAAGGAGAAAAAUGCUAAGCUGAGUGCAGAUAACCGGGCGCUGUUGACCGAGAAUGGCCGAUUGAAACAGGCUGCUGCCAUCCGUUCGCCACGCAAGUAUGAGAAGUACACCUCAUUGGCUCAGCAGUCCAAACUGAACCAGUGCCAUCGUGAGGUAGGUCAACUCAAGAGUGCCCUGGAGAGAAGCGAUACCUACAUCGAGGAGCUGGAGACUCAGUUGGAAUACUACAGGUCUCUGUUUGGUUCCCUUCCGCAUAAAAGACCCCGUCAGGGGGAGGAACCUGUCGCAAAAUCUUUGAAAACAUCAAUUGAAGGAACUCAAAGUGUAACUUCUCUACCAUCUGAGGCAGUUUCUACUUUCAGGAGGAUGGGUAAUUGUCAGGCUGACCCCAAUAAGUUUGGUCCAUUUACAUCACCAGGUGGAAAUCUGACUCAUCACAGACCUCUGGCAACCAUGGAUGGGGGUACCAUUUCCAGUGGAUCAAGACACCUACUAUUUGAUGCGAUCAGUAAAGAUUCUGAUAAGUUCCAAUUAGCAUUCUUCAAGAAGAAUGCUACCACACAUUCACACACAGGAGGGCAUUCCGCGGAUGAAUCUCAAAGUUCAACAAGUUACAAGGAAGCACAUCAUAUGCUUGUAAGUCCCAAGUCUGGUGUUAAUUCAGUGGAAGAGGAUACCACCAACGUUGAUAAACGGCAGCUAGCCAGUGAUGAAGACUCAGACCUGGAAGAGCCCAGCGCAGUUAGAACCACCCCAUCCACAGCUUUAGGAAAAUUGUCCUUGGAUUCCACUAAGCGAUCUCAUGGACCAUUAUUCUCCAGUGAAAACCUUGACUCCAAGUUUCAAAUUUCACCAUCUUGCCACCGUCAGCUGAACUUCGGUGAGGACUCCCCUGGAAAUGCAGCUGUGCUGUCCUCACUCGGCACGGCCGAAUCUCACGGUCUAAUGCUUGAGGACAACAAGGUGGAUAUGGGCCCCCUUGAUCACAAUGCUACCUUCUCCGAUCUGGACUUUACGCUGACUUCAGAGAUUUCAGAUUGUGCCAAGCUCAUGAAGGAAGCAGAGAAGAGAGUGACUCAGAAAUGGCUAAGCAAUCAAGAGGGAGAGACAGGCUCCCCAAAUUUAUCAAUAAAAAACAACCUGAAGCAUUUGAAGUCCUACACACCCACCAGAAGUGGUGAUCCUUCAAAGAGAAACAAACAGCACUUUGCACCAGUUUGCAUCUCUGCUCCCGGUUUGGGGCAUGGUGAUCAGCCAACAGGCUUGACUUAUCACUGCAACCCUCAGUCCAAGUCUCAAAAUCUGAAGAUGGAUUUUGAUUCAGGAGGAACGUUUACUAAGGUCACAUGGUCUAAGAGCCGACCAGACUACAAAUUCAUGCCAAAGACAGCCUCUGCUGAACCUCAGGAACCGGCCACCCACAAGAAUGGCGUUCAUAUUAGGGCUUCUCAAUCCACAGAGAAGUCAGCUAAUUGCCCACUUCAGUCUUCCACUCUAGCGUCCAAUUCCACAUUAUCGACUCAUACUCUCACCAGACUGGCAGUGAAAAGUCAGUCUCCAGUCGCGGCUAACUCAAAAGGGGAAGUGCUGAGUGGCUCCAAACCGAUCAUCAAACCACAGCUGAUGAGACUCAGACACAACACGGAUCCCACUGACUCCAAGACUUGCGCAAUUGGCCUCAGAACACUGAGCAGAUUGAAAUCGGAUGGAGACUGUCACCAGGACACCCUUGAUUCCUUGAGAGAUGAUAUGAGAGCCAAAGCUGCAGCUGUUGUGAAUAGACCAGGGAGAUGUGCCAGCUCGUCGUUGGCUGCAGGCGAAUUGGAAAUGAGGUCAUUCUCUCAAAGCCGGGAUAGGGGAUUGGGAAAUGAGCCCCUCAAAAGAAUCCGGUCAGAUAACGUUUCCGAGGAUGAUUAUGGUAGUAGUCAAUCACCUACCUUCUGAAAUGAAAUAGUCAUCAUCGGAGUCAUGGUGUAAGGCUAUUUAAUCCUAUUAAGCUGAACAGUUGUUGAGGAAAGUUUUUUAUGUUAAAUUCUCCCUUCUGAAUACAAAAAGUCUCAUUAAUAAGUAAUAAAACUGUGGCAAAUUAAUAAGAUUAAUUUUUGUUGAUUUCCAAUGAAAGCAGAUAGGAAUUAAUACGCAUCUAAAGGAAUAUUUUCAUGAAUUUGUCAAAGCUUAUUUAUACGUGAUGAACAGGCUAAAUUAUCAGGCAUUAUCAAAGUUUACGAUGAAGUGAAACUUUGCCUUCGUUUAGGCCUACAGAGCGCAGCAUUUCAGUUGUAAAAUGUAACAAACUAUCCCGAUACUUGAGAUUCAGAAACAAAAAAUAUAAAAAUUAACUGAACAUGUGA